ACUUCUGUAGCAUCACAAACGUGACUGUAACAGUGACUGGUGGUUCUCGUUUCGUUCUCGCGCGUCUUUAAACACCGAAUCGUUCCUUUAAGUGGAAGCACUAACGGAUAAUCAAAUGGCUGACAACACUAAACUGUUGGCAUUGCUGCAGCGCCCCCUCGAGCCAACGUUCUACCCGAAAGAUGACGGCAAAACGGUGGUCGAUCUGCCGGAAAACUAUCUCACCGAUCGCUACAAACCGAUUGGCCAGUCGCUCCAGACGCGCUUCUCGUCCGAAGCGGAUACGCGCAUCGCUGUGCGGGCUACUACUCUGCCCGACAUUAGAUUUGCCGAGGAGCUGCCUAGAAGGGGCGAUUUUUCGUUGUUUAUUCCGAAACAUCGCAAAAUUGCUGGUGAUUUGAUUAAACUGUUCUUGGACCAACCGGAUGUGGACACGCUAAUGAGUGUUAGUUCGUACGCGAGAGAUCGGCUGAAUCCGGUCCUGUACCAGUACGCGAUGGCUGUAGCCAUUCAGCAUCGGCCGGAUACGAAGAACCUAAACAUUCCAUCGUUCUUUGAUCUGUUCCCGGAUUCGUUCGUCGAUCCGACGGUCAUUCCAAAGCUUCGAGAGGAAGGCGCCGUCGUAAACAAUCAAAGGGAUCGGAUCACAAUAGACAUUGCAAUGAACUACACUGCUUCCGAUCGGGAGGAUGAGCAGCGGUUGGCCUACUUCCGCGAGGAUAUCGGUGUGAACCUGCACCAUUGGCAUUGGCAUCUGGUGUAUCCGGGCGAGGGUCCGAAUAACGUAGUCAAUAAGGAUCGCCGUGGUGAGCUGUUCUACUACAUGCAUCAGCAGCUGAUCGCUCGCUACAAUGUGGAUCGAUUCUGCAAUCGAUUGAGCCGCGUGCGUCCUCUGACUAGCUUGCGAGAGCCCCUACCGGAAGGAUACUUCCCGAAGAUCGUUCGAAGCUUAACAAACCGAGGUUUUCCUGCUCGUCCACAAAAUACGAUCUUGAGGGACUUGAAUCGAAUUGAGGACGAUGUCGUUCUUUCAAUUACCGACAUAGAACUAUGGGGCAGCCGUAUUGCUGAGAGCAUCGAUGGUGGUUACGUUGUUGCCCCCGGAGGAAAUCGGAUUCCGCUCGAUGAGCAGACUGGCAUUGAUGUGCUGGGUAACAUCAUAGAACCGUCGGCACUGUCGGUCAACAGUCAGUACUACGGUAACUAUCACGGCCACAUGCACAAUCUGAUUUCGUUCAGUCACGAUCCGGAGAACCGCUUCCUGGAGGGAUACGGUGUGGUGGGCGAGUUCCAGACCGCUAUGCGCGAUCCCGCCUUCUACCGUCUGCACGCUCAGGUGGACAACAUGUUCCAUCGCUACAAGCGCACGCUGCAACCGUACAAUGCCAAUCAAAUCGGGUACGCCGGUGUGCAGAUACAAUCGUUCGGUGUACAGCUGAACCGUGCCAAUGCGCCGGCCAAUGUGCUGCUGACGUACUGGCAGCGGUCACAGAUUGAUUUGGGCACCGGACUCGACUUUGGGCCGCAAGGAAACGUGUUUGCAUCGUUCACGCAUCUGCAGCACGCACCGUUCACUUACCGUUUCGCGGUGAACAACACUACUGGAGCGGCUCGUCGUGGAACGUGUCGUAUCUUCAUAGCACCGAAGACGGACGAACGUAACACUCCGCUGACAAUGGACGAGCAGCGCUUGUUGAUGAUCGAGCUGGAUAAAUUCCGUGUCAAUUUGACUCCCGGUGUGAAUAAUAUUGUUCGUCGUUCGGAACAAUCGAGUGUUACCAUUCCGUACGAGAGAACCUUCCGUCCGAUGGCACUUUCCAACAUUAAUCUACCCGAAACGGAACAGUUCCGCUUCUGCAACUGCGGCUGGCCCCAUCAUUUACUGCUUCCCAAGGGCACGGCCGAGGGAAUGAAGUUCGACCUGUUCCUUAUGAUCUCCAACUUUGCCGAUGAUACCGUCAACCAGGAGUUUAACGAGGACAUAAACUGCAACGAUUCCCAUUCGUUCUGUGGCAUCCGCGAUCAGCUGUAUCCCGAUAAGCGUCACAUGGGAUAUCCGUUUGAUCGUCGUAUACCAACGGCCACGCGUACGCUGUCAGACUUUACACGCCCAAACAGUAAUAUGACCAACAUUGAGGUACAAAUUCGCUUCACAAAUACGGUGAUUGCUUAUCGCUUCGUGCCAAACUGUUAUCAUCGCCGCAAUAUGCUGCUGAAUAGUAUGGCCACUUUAACACAGAAAUUUCACGGACUUCUGCAACACCCGCUGGAGCCACUGUUUCUUCCCAAGAACGAUGGCACACUUUUCUACGAUCUUCCGGAGCGCUUCCUUACCUCGCGCUAUAGCCCGAUUGGGCAAAAUUUGGCCAAUCGCUUUGGACCAAAUUCACCUGCCUCGUCGCAAGUCAGCAAUGAUACGGGCGUGCCGCCAACGGUGGUGACCAUCAAAGAUUUGGACGAGCUGCCGGAUCUUACGUUCGCCACGUGGAUUAAACGCCGGGACUCGUUCUCCCUUUUCAAUCCGGAACAUCGGAAAGCGGCAGGAAAGCUGACCAAGCUGUUCUUGGAUCAACCGAAUGCGGAUAGGCUCGUCGAUGUGGCCGCUUACGCUCGCGAUCGUCUGAAUGCACCGUUGUUCCAGUACGCACUGUCCGUGGCGUUGCUGCACCGUCCGGACACGAAGAGCGUGUCCGUACCGUCGUUGUUACACCUGUUUCCAGAUCAGUUCAUUGAUCCGGCUGCCCAGGUUAGGAUGAUGGAAGAAGGAUCAAUCGUGCUGGAUGAGAACCGGAUGCCGAUUCCCAUUCCAAUGAACUAUACCGCUACGGAUGCAGAGCCUGAGCAGCGAAUGGCAUUCUUCCGAGAGGAUAUUGGAGUAAAUCUGCACCACUGGCACUGGCAUUUGGUCUAUCCCGCUUCUGGGCCACCGGAUGUUGUGCGGAAGGAUCGACGGGGCGAGCUGUUCUACUACAUGCACCAGCAGUUGCUCGCCCGCUAUCAAAUUGAUCGUUAUGCGCAAGGACUGGGACGAAUCGAACCCUUAGCUAAUCUGCGCGAACCGGUGCGCGAAGCCUACUACCCUAAGUUGUUGCGUACAUCCAACAAUCGCACCUUCUGUCCCCGAUAUCCCGGGAUGACGAUCAGUGACGUUGCACGCAGUGCCGACCGAUUAGAGGUUAGAAUAGCUGAUAUCGAAUCGUGGCUUCCCCGCGUACUAGAGGCGAUCGAUGCUGGAUUUGCAGUUAGUGAUGACGGUGUAAGAGUGCCUCUGGACGAAACAAGAGGUAUAGACGUGUUGGGUAACAUUCUCGAACGAUCGGCCAUCUCGAUCAAUCGCAAUUUGUACGGUGAUGUGCACAAUAUGGGACAUGUGCUGCUGGCUUUCAUUCACGAUCCACGCGGAACGUAUCUGGAAUCGUCCGGAGUGAUGGGAGGUGUAGCAACCGCUAUGCGGGAUCCGAUCUUUUAUCGCUGGCACAAGUUCAUCGACAAUAUUUUCCUCCGAAACAAAGCUCGUCUCGCUCCGUACACCAUGGCCGAACUUUCUAAUAGCAACGUAACGCUGGAAGCGCUUGAAACGCAGCUCGAUCGCGCUGGUGGCGCUGUCAACAGUUUUGUAACCUUUUGGCAGCGCUCGCAAGUUGAUCUGCGUGCUGGAAUAGACUUUUCUGCAGCGGGCAGUGCCUUCGUUAGCUUCACGCAUCUUCAGUGUGCUCCAUUCGUUUAUCGGCUUCGCAUCAAUUCGACUGCUCGCUCAAACAGACAAGACACGGUACGGAUCUUUCUCUUGCCGCGCCAAAACGAGCAGGGUCGCCCUUUGUCUUUUGAGGAUCGUCGUCUGCUGGCCAUCGAGCUGGACAGCUUCCGUGUAAAUUUGCGCCCCGGCAUGAACAACAUCGUACGGCAGUCGUCCAACUCGAGCGUUACGAUUCCGUUCGAGCGGACCUUUGGUAACGUGGAGCAGGCUAACGCAGGCAAUGCACAAUCGCGAUUCUGUGGUUGCGGUUGGCCGGCACAUAUGCUACUGCCGAAAGGGAAUGCGAACGGCGUCGAGUUUGACUUGUUUGCAAUGGUCUCGCGGUUUGAAGACGAUAACGCUAACGUUAACUACGAUGAGAAUGCUGGGUGCGAUGAUUCUUAUGCGUUCUGCGGACUGCGGGAUCGCGUUUACCCUAGCCGUCGUGCGAUGGGCUUUCCAUUCGAUAGAAGAGCAUCGAACGGUGUUAGAUCAGUGGCAGAUUUCGUUGCACCGUACAAAAACAUGCGAUUGGCGACUGUGACCUUACGUUUCAUGAAUACUAUUAUCGAUCGUCCCCCACCAAUACUAGCAACGAUGUCGGACAACAAGAAGCUUCUGGCCCUGCUGCAGCGCCCACUGGAGCCAACGUUCUACCCAAAGGACAAUGGCAAAACCGUGGUCGAUCUACCGGAAAACUUCCUGACUGAGCGGUACCGUCCGAUCGGCGCCUCACUGCAGAGCCGCUUCGGAAACGAUGCCGAUACGCGCAUUCCCGUAAGGAAUGUGUCGCCGCCGGCCAUUUCCUUCGCGGAGGCCGUACCGCGCCGGGGAGGCUUUUCGCUGUUCAACCCAAAGCACCGUCAAAUUGCGGGCGAUCUUAUCAAUUUGUUUAUGAACCAGCCGGACGUUGAGACGCUAAUGAGCGUGGCGGCUUACUCGCGUGAUCGACUGAAUCCGAUCCUGUUCCAGUACGCGCUGUCCGUUGCGAUUCAGCACCGUCCGGAUACGAAGGAUCUGAACAUUCCCUCGUUCCUGGAGCUGUUCCCGGACUCGUUCGUUGAUCCGAGCGUUUUUCCUAAGCUCCGUGAGGAGGGUGCCAUCGUACAGGCCGAGAACAGAAUGACUAUUGAUAUUCCGAUGAACUAUACUGCCUCCGAUCGGGAGGAUGAGCAGCGUUUGGCCUACUUCCGCGAGGACAUCGGUGUGAACCUGCACCAUUGGCAUUGGCAUCUGGUGUAUCCGGGCGAGGGUCCCGACCGUGUCGUCAACAAGGACCGCCGUGGUGAGCUGUUCUACUACAUGCACCAGCAGUUGAUUGCUCGCUACAAUGUGGAGCGCUUCUGCAAUCGUCUCGCUCGUGUACGACCACUGACGAACCUGCGUGAGCCUUUGCCGGAAGGAUACUUCCCGAAGAUUAUUCGCAGCUUGAAUAACCGGGCGUUCCCACCGCGUCCACAGAAUACCGUUCUGAGGGAUAUCAAUCGCGUGGAUGAUAGUGUUACCUUUACGGUGAGCGAUCUUGAACGCUCGGAAUCUCGCAUUGCCGAAAGCAUUGACGGUGGAUACGUCGUGGGCCCCGGUGGUAAUCGUAUUCCUCUGGACGAGCGCACCGGUAUCGAUGUGCUGGGUAACAUCAUGGAACCGUCGGCACUGUCGGUGAACAGCCAGUUCUAUGGAAACUAUCACGGAAACUUGCACAACAUCAUCGCGUACAGCCAUGACCCAGAUAAUCGCUUCCUGGAGGGAUACGGUGUGGUGGGCGAGUUCCAGACCGCUAUGCGUGAUCCAUCGUUCUACCGUCUGCACGCCCAGGUGGACAACAUGUUCCAUCGCUACAAGCGCACGCUGCAGCCGUACAAUGCUAAUCAGCUGAACUACAAUGGCAUCCAAAUCCAAUCGCUUGGAGUGCAGCUGAACCGUGCCAAUGCGCCGGCCAAUGUGCUGCUGACGUACUGGCAACGAUCGCAGGUUGAUCUCGCUACGGGACUCGACUUUGGACCGGAAGGAAACGUGUUUGCAUCGUUCACGCAUCUGCAGCACGCACCGUUCACCUUCAGACUGACGGUGAACAACACUAGCGGAGCUACACGCCGUGGAACGUGCCGUAUCUUUAUUGGACCGAAGGUGGAUGAACGCAACACUGGUCUGACAAUGGAUGAGCAACGCCUGUUGAUGAUUGAGCUGGACAAGUUCACCGUUAACCUAAACCCUGGUACGAAUAACAUCGUCCGCCGCUCGGAACAAUCCAGUGUAACCAUUCCGUACGAGCGAACCUUCCGUCAAGUCGCGCUGUCUAACAUCAACGAGCCAAGCACGGAACAGUUCCGCUUCUGCAACUGCGGCUGGCCGCACCAUCUGCUGAUUCCGAAGGGCACUCCCGAAGGCAUGCAGUUUGAUCUAUUCGCCAUGAUCUCCAACUACGCUGACGAUACGGUCAACCAGGAGUUUGAUGAGAAUGUUAACUGCAACGAUUCGCACUCGUUCUGUGGACUGCGCGACCAGCUGUACCCUGACCGACGCCCGAUGGGUUAUCCGUUUGAUCGCCGCAUGCCAACCGCUGUGAGAAGUUUGACCGAUUUUACCCGCGGUAACACCAACAUGGCAACGUCGCAGGUGCAGAUCCGUUUCACCAACACUGUCAUUGCCAGAACUUAAACCUGGUUCAAGUGAAUACGUGUUAAACGAUACUUAUUUUUGGCAAACGAUUACUGACACAUUUGAUUGGAUUACUACACUUUAACUUUAUAAAAUUUCAUUUGAUUAUUUUCAAAAUAAACGCAAUUUAUUGUUUUGCAGCAUA